UGCAGCUCCGGUGUACUUCAUGCCUUCAAUCUCUACAGUACAUGUGAAUUGUGUAGCUCUACCAAGAAUUUCAAUCUUUUGGCACUGAUACAAUGGAAUCGCGUAAUUCAUCUUUUGAGCGUACUCUUGCAUAACCCCGUGUACUGUAGAGAUUGGAGGUAAAGUACACCAGAUCUGCAACAAUAACUAAAAAAAGAUGCUGGGAGAACACUGAAGAGUCGAAGGGGGAGGGGUUUUUGGUGAAGCGCUUUAAAAUCUUGUCUCGGCGCUUCUUCGUAGCAUCACAUUCACCACGCGGUGCGGAGAACAAGUUUCUCUCUCGCUCUUCUCGUCGCCGUUCCAUACUACUUCUCAGCUACAUUCUGCUCGUGAGAAUGACCACCGCCGAUGAUGUUUCUUCUGGUUUUUCCAAGUGCUAUGUGUUCAAAAGCCGGUUGCAGGAGUAUACUCAGAAGUACAAGCUUCCACCGCCUAUUUAUGAGACUGUCAAAGAAGGCCCUUCACACAUAGUUUUCUUCCAUUCGACAGUUAUACUGGAUGGUGUCAGGUAUAACUCUUUGCCCUGGUUCUUAAACCGUAAGGCUGCAGAACAAUCAGCUGCGGAGGUUGCUCUCCAGGAAUUAGCUAAAUCCAGUGACCUAAGCCAAUGUGUUUCACAGCCUGUGAACGAAACGGGGUUAUGCAAGAACCUUCUUCAAGAGUACGCUCAAAAGAUGAAUUACGCGAUUCCAUUGUAUCAGUGCCAAAAGAUUGAAAUUCUUGGGAGAGCUACACAAUUCGCAUGUACUGUAGAGAUUGGAGGCAUAAAGUACACUGGAGCUGCAACAAGAACUAAAAAAGAUGCUGAGAUAAGCGCUGGGAGAACCGCUCUUUUAGCGAUCCAGUCAGAAUCUAAAAACAACCUUGCCAACUGCAACACUCAGCUUACUCUACUCAACUUCAACACUCAGCUUACUGUACUUCCUUUUGAUAGGAAGUCAUUCGAGGUAAAGGCAGUGAUCCCAGUUGAAGAAACCAUCAAGACUCCAAAAUCCAGGAAGGCUCGGUUCAAGAGGAAAGAUCGGAAAGGAAAGCGCAAAGUAGCUAAGGAUAGUGAAGAUGUGAUCAUCCCUCCUCAACCCACCGAGCAUUGUCAAAACGAUCUGUCCGAGAAAAUUGAGACAACGCUGAAUCUGGAACCUUUGCCGUGCAUGGAUGAGUGCAAGGAAGUAGCAUGUGGGAGUGUUGAGACAGAAGCAAGCCAAGCAUAACUAUCUCAAGAUGGGAUCUUUGUGAGUUUGUCAUAGUAACUACUUGGUCAUGUUGGCAUUUGGUGAUUCCUAUCUAAUGUUCACAGGUUGAAAAAACGAAUACUAACGUAGACAUUGAUGUAAUACUAAUUUGGUCGAUUGAGUCAUUCGAACAGAUUUAUAAAAGUGGGUCUUCUUGUUUGAAGUUAUAAAGAAGC